UGCUUCACUGCACUCGAUCGGGUUACAAGAGCUCGGACUAAAUUUCCAAGUAAUAAGCAUUUCUCAACACAAAUCAAUAGUGAAAGGAAAUCGUAAAAAGAAGAAAAAAGAUCAAACGUUGAGGGAGCUAAGAGUUGUGGAGAGUGACAUUGUAUAUUUCGGUUGAUAAUUUGCGUGUUUUUUCUCGUUUGUGAAAAUAUGUGUCGAGGGUGAGAAACAACCGCACGUUUGGCUGGAUUUUCAACAUUCACCACGUCAUGGUUCGACGAUCCUCGAUCGUCCUAUAGGUAGUCGUUAAACGUUUCGGUCAACGUCUCGUUGCGUGCACAUCUCCCGCGAAAAAAGUGAGAGACAAGGGAUAAAAAAAAAAUGGAGCAAUCGGAGGAUACCCCGCUCGAGAGUAACGUACUCCCAGCAAAAAACGAUGAAAACUGGGAAGAAUGGACCAUUAUCGACGAGGAUGAUAAUGCGAAAAAACUCCUUAGAGGACGAGCCAAAAUAUCUUCCCCUGAAUCAGAAGACAGUGAGAACACCAGUGAUGCUGAGGAAGCUCAUGAAUUGACAGUUACCAAGCUUACAAAACAAAAAUCAGAGGAGCCUGUUCCGAAUCCUGAAAAGGAAGAGUCUGAUGGAGUUUCUGUGAUAUCAGAGAGUGAAAAUGAGGAGAGAACAGUAAACGACACAGGACGAAUUGUUUUGUACAGAAGCGUUAGUCAAGGGACGGAGGAAUUGGAGCUACAGAAUUCCAACAAGGAGGUGACUUGGUGCGUCUGCCUUUUGAUCGCUUGUUCGGUGCUGAUAGCGAUCGGAGCAAGCCUUGCAUCAUACGCCCGGAGCUCCAUUCCCAAAGACAUGGAUUACUUUUCAUUGAAAAUGGAAAACGAUAGACUCGUGGAGCGAAUGAAAGAAUUUACAGAUGUGAAGGGCAUCCUGGAAGAAAUUAAAUCAAACUUGGUUGAGGAACGAUCACCCGUUGACAUUGAAACUCCACCAAAAGGAAAGGUGGAAUCUAGGGAUUCAAACAAUCAGGCAAAAAGCAGUUGGGAUAGAGGAAUAAACGAACCGGAGGGCGUUUUUUCCGAGCGUUUACAAAUUUUAUUACAUACUAUUUGUUUGAUGCUGGACGAUAUGGGCCAACCCCAAGAAAGUACGGUUUCUCAAAGACCAUUGUGCGACACUCGUACGUUCUUUUCGGAUCUCGCGAAUUUGCGGAAUUCCUUGCACGACGCCAUAGGAGAAAUGGACGAAACUACUGGACUGACGAAUCGUCAAUUUCUUCGAGAUAUCGAUUUUCGAAUAGCUUCAAUGUCUGAUUCACUUGUCGUCGAUUUAACCAGGGCUUUGGGAAAAUUAAGUUUGAGAAAUGAGCAAAAAUUGGACAAGAUUAUUGGAAAAAUGAAUGAGAAAUUGUGCGUUCUGAGAAACACAAUGCCGAGCGACAGCAAAGUCAGAAAGUCUCUCGAGAUGAACGUUCAUUUUAUCGAAAGUUGCGAGAAGCAUGACGGUAGUAGGAGAGGCAAGAGGUCGAGUGAAACCCGCAACGACUCACCUCCGCCGUCGCAGACGACCUUCCAAAAAAAGAAUUUCAAAUGCCCGCGUGACAAUAUUCACCCGAAUUCUAACGAAAAUAAUUCAACGAAACCAUACAAUCGAUCGAGUGAAUACCACCGUAAUGUUUGGAAAGAAAAAAACCGAAAUGAUGAAAAAUCCAACCAUUUCAAACACCGGUCUCAGGAAAGUAAAGACGAAACCUGUUCAGUUCCGUCAACACCGCCGGCGAAAAAAUCUUCCACGUGGAAAUGGUCGAAGCAACAAAAAUCCCUGCAUCCACCACUUCUUUCGAAAGACGAAGUGAAAAUACGCGAUGAUUCCCUCGAGAAGGAAAAUUCCGCUCGUAACGAUAAGCCCAAUUUUCGAUUUCACGAAAAUAAUGAUGGGAUUUUGUCAGAGAAAAAAAACUGGAAGAAAAAAACGGGUCGGGACGAAGCAAAAAAUCGUAAACGCAGUUUAUCGAUGGAUGAGUACGAAAUUGAUAAUGAAAAGCGACGGAUGAAGGAAAAAAACUUGAAAGUAGCUUCUCAUUUGCCGUCUAACGUAAAAGACGACUUGGAAAUUCCAAUGGAAACGACAAUACCACGUCGUAUGAAGAAAAAGUACGAAGAAACAGAGAAAAGACGAUCCAAUGGAAGGAAGGAGAAAAACGAUAUCGGCUCCAACGGACAAUGGCAAUUCGCAAGGUCACAAAUCCGAGACGAAUUGCGGAAGGCUGAAUCACUCGAUAAUUGGUACUUAGAUCGAAUGCGUAGUCGUAGGAGUUCGCGAGGGAAUAUUGAAGACUCGGAGGAACACCGAUGACCGACGAUCACGCUUAGUGGGUCGGGACUUACAGAAGCAAAGCAAAUAUAUAUAUCAACGUUUAUAUUUAUAUACAUAGAGACAUACUCUGUAUAAGUGACCUAGGGACGAUCGAAAUUAUUUUCCGGGUAAAUGAUCCGUCGUUUUCUCUGUAUACUGCUUUCAAAGUGUUUUAUUGAACGAGAAUAACCAGAAGUAUUCUAAUACUGUAGAAUUUCAGAGGAAGGCUUCUGAAAAACUAAACUUCUGAACAGAAGAAGAAAAUUUCCUUGUUUCUUUUUCACGUAGAGACAACUGUCACUUUUUUAUUUAGCGUUUUCGUCGCGAGAGCGCGAUUUUGAUCUGACACUCAAGCUGAUGUCUUUUUUUCUCAAGAAUCUCUUUUACGAACGACUGAACAAUAAAUGACCACGUUCUGACUACGAAAAA